AAGCAAUAAAAGCACCGACUAUUCUACAUCAUCUAUGUGCACCAUCCCUAAAAUUAACAACAGUUUUUCGAAAUCGUGACUAAAAAGAUAUAAUUUGAUAUAUUUAUUAAUUUUGGUAAUAUGCAUUUGAUUUUAUAGAUAUUCCUAGAAGUAGUUAGCUGGCUGUUAUCUGAAUAAAAUAAGAAAGCAAUAAUUUUGUUAUUCACCUAUAUAAGUCUGAGUUGUCAUCAUGGCAGCAGCUGCACCACCGAGUGUUUUAGUAAGCCAAAAGAAAAAGCAUUUUAUUGGAGUGCCAGCUCCUCUUGGUUAUGUUGCUGGUGUUGGAAGAGGAGCUACUGGUUUCACGACUCGUUCUGAUAUUGGUCCUGCUCGAGAUGCGAGUGAUGUACCCGAUGAUCGACAUGCUCCGCCCAAUAAGAGAAAAAAAAUGCAACAAAAGGAUGAAGAAGAAGAGGAUGAAGAAGAUUUAAAUGAUUCUAAUUAUGAUGAAUUUGCUGGCUAUGGUGGUAGUUUGUUUAGUAAGGAUCCAUAUGAUAAAGAUGAUGAAGAAGCUGAUGCUAUUUAUGAAGCCAUAGAUAAAAGAAUGGAUGAAAAACGAAAAGAAUAUAGAGAAACCAAAUUAAAGGUGGAAUUAGAAAGAUAUCGUCAAGAGAGGCCAAAGAUUCAAAUGCAGUUUUCUGAUCUAAAGAGAGAUUUGGCUGAAGUUACUGAAGAUGAAUGGAAAAACAUUCCAGAAGUAGGAGAUGCUCGAAAUAAAAGGCAAAGAAAUCCAAGACCAGAAAAAUAUACACCUGUACCAGAUUCUAUUUUGGCUAAAGCAGGAAUUACUGGAGAUGGAGUUUCCUCUCUUGAUACUUUACAGCAGGGAUAUGGUGGGGGAUUAAUAACCCCAUACCCUGGCACAAAUACCCCAGGUGGCAUCAUGACCCCUGGUUGGGCUACUUCAAGUGUAGAUCUUGAUUUAAGAAAGAUAGGUCAAGCUAGAAAUGCUUUAAUGGACAUCAAGCUGAAUCAGGUUUCUGAUUCUGUAUGUGGGCAAACCGUUAUUGAUCCUAAGGGAUAUCUAACAGAUUUACAGUCGAUGAUUCCUGCUCAUGGUGCUGAUAUCAGUGACAUUAAAAAAGCUAGACUUCUUCUUAAAAGUGUUAGAGAAACAAAUCCCAAUCAUCCACCAGCUUGGAUAGCCUCAGCUAGGUUAGAGGAAGUAACAGGAAAGUUGCAGUCUGCUCGAAAUCUUAUCAUGAUGGGGUGUGAAAUGUGUCCUAAAUCUGAAGAUGUUUGGCUGGAAGCAGCUCGAUUACAGCCUCCUGAUUUGGCAAAAGGUGUUAUUUCUCAAGCUUUACGCCAUAUUCCAAUGUCUGUGAGAUCAUGGAUCAAAGCAGCUGAAUUAGAAGCUGAAUUAAAAGCUAAAAAGAAAGUUUACAAGAAAGCUUUAGGACAUAUUCCCAAUUCUGUACGAUUAUGGAAGGCAGCUGUAGAAUUAGAAGAUGCUGAAGAUGCUCGAAUUCUUUUGAGCAGAGCCGUGGAAUGCUGUCCAACUAACACAGAUUUGUGGCUGGCAUUGGCUAGGCUCGAAACUUACGAAAAUGCUCGUAAAGUUUUGAAUAAAGCACGUGAGAAUAUUCCCACUGAUCGCUUGAUUUGGAUAACUGCUGCCAAGUUGGAGGAAGCCAAUGGUAAUAGUAGAAUGGUUGAAAAAAUUGUCGAUCGUGCUGUGACAUCUUUGCGUGCGAAUGGCGUGGAAAUAAAUAGAGAACAAUGGUUGACUGAUGCUAUAGAAUGUGAGAAGGCAGGGUCUGUUCUCACGUGUCAAUCUAUUGUACGUACAAUUAUUGGAAUUGGAGUGGAAGAUGAAGAUCGUAAACAUGCUUGGAUGGAGGAUGCUGAGGCGUGUGCUACACAGGGAGCAUAUGAGUGUGCUAGGGCAAUUUAUGCUCAUGCCUUGUCGAUGUUUCCAAGUAAGAAGAGUAUUUGGUUGCGUGCAGCCUAUUUUGAGAAAAAUCAUGGCACUAGGGAAUCUUUAGAAGCAGUCUUACAGCGUGCUGUAGCACAUUGCCCCAAAGCUGAAGUUUUGUGGUUGAUGGGUGCAAAAUCGAAAUGGCUUACUGGUGACGUUCCAGCUGCUCGUAGUAUUUUAUCAUUGGCUUUCCAAGCAAAUCCUAAUAGUGAAGAAAUUUGGCUUGCUGCUGUUAAGCUGGAAAGUGAAAAUAAUGAAUUUGAAAGAGCUCGACGUCUACUAGCUAAAGCUAGGGCUAGUGCUCCAACAGCUAGAGUUAUAAUGAAAUCAGUUCGCUUAGAAUGGGCUUUAGGUGAUCUUAAGAAAGCAAAUAUAUUGUUGGAUGAAGGUAUUAGGCAAUAUCCAGAUUUUGCAAAACUAUGGAUGAUGAGAGGACAAAUUUUAGAACAAGAAAAGAACAUAAAUGAUGCAAGAGAUGUUUAUAAUCAAGGUAUAAAGAAAUGUCCAUCUUCGAUUUCUUUAUGGUUACUGUUAUCGAGAUUGGAAGAGAAAAACGGUGCACUUAUCAAAGCACGUUCAGUGUUGGAAAAAGCAAGAUUGAAAAAUCCAAAGGAUCCUCAACUUCUACUGGAGUCUGUCAGAGUUGAAUUACGUGGGGGCCUAAAAGAUAUUGCUCUGAAUUUGAUGGCCAAAGCAAUGCAAGAGUGUCCUAAUAGUGGAAUUCUGUGGGCUGAAGCUAUUUUUCUGGAACCUCGGCCUCAACGAAAGACUAAAAGUGUUGAUGCUUUAAAGAGAUGUGAACAUGAUCCCCAUGUUCUAUUAGCUGUUUCUAAAUUGUUUUGGACUGAAAGGAAGACAAAUAAAGCUAGAGAAUGGUUCAACAAAACAGUUAAGAUUGAUCCUGAUCUAGGAGAUGCGUGGGCAUAUUUUCACAAAUUUGAACAAAUACAUGGAACUGAAGAACAACAAGAAGAUGUGAAAAAACGAUGCAUCCAUGCAGAACCUCGCCAUGGCGAGUAUUGGUGUGCAGUUUCUAAAAAUAUUGCUAACUGGAGGAAAAAAACUGAGCAGAUUUUAAUGAUGGCUGCAACAUCAAUAAGCAUACCGACAUAAUUUCUUUCAAGAAUUAUUAAGUUUAUUUGCAUCAAAAAUUGUAUUGUAAGAACUAAUUAAGUGAUGUAUGUUAAGUUUUAUAUAUUUCUCAAGUAUAGUUUUUUAAUUAUUAGUUUAAUAGUAUUGGGAUUUUUUCUCCUGUAGAAUUAUACAAAUUUUUGAGAUUUUCCUUAAAAAUUUUUUUUAACAACAGCUUUAUAUUCUGUUUAAUUAAUUAUGAUUUCUUUGUAUUCUAAUUGUUUAAACUUAUCUAAGUUAGAAACUAAAUAUGUAUCACUUAGUUAUGUUGUUUUACUGUUUAAUUUUUAUUGCAUCAUCUCAUUUAUCAUUGUAUAAUGAAAUCAUACUAUAUAAAGCAUUCUUCAUAUUGUA